AUGGACGUUCCUCGCUACGCCGCCGUGUUCCCUGACGGCCAUAUCUGGAUGGGCGAGCACUUGUUCCCAGACGAGAGCCUUUGGUUUCCGGAAGUGGAUCACAGGCCGUUUGACCCUCCAAACUACCAUGACUACCUUCGCACCAACCCACUCGACACCCGCGACCUUGAAUGGGACGCCUCCGACAUCGAGUCCGAGACGGGCCUGCCGCCGCGCCAUCACCAGGGCGUGGAGUACAUGCCCGGCCACUGGAGGGACGUGAACGGCACGGAUAUCCCCGGCUCGGGCGCGUUCGUGCGCUGGAACGAGCCGCCGGCGCGGCAUCCGCACGGCAAGCGGCGCCGGCUGGCCUUCGUGUGGCCCAGCGACGGGAAAAGGAAGCGCACGUGGGGCCGCUGGAAGGACAUCUUCGCCUCCAAGGGCCCGGACAUCUUCGUCUCCAAGCUCGGCGACCGGCCCAGCAGGAACCAGUGGCGCAACAAGCACCUCGACUUCACGCCCGAGGAUCCGGGCUUCAACACGCACGUGGACCUGCCGUGGGCGAAGCGCAGGAAGCCGUACGAUUUCCGAGAGAGGAAAUACAGAAACAAGAGGAACCCGGGCGAUGUCGUCUGGAGGGAUGCGACGUGGCCGCGCAGAGGCGCGGAUCAUUACGAGCAGCCGCUAAACUUUCGGUGCGAGCAUGGUCGGUGGUUCAACAUGAGAUGGGCGCCUUUUGGCGGCACCGUGCUGGAGGGUUACAAUGGAUAUCCGCCACGAUAUAGAGGCAUCUUCGCAUAG